AUGGCUUGGAGCCCAACAGAUAUUAUAGAGAGUAAAUUGGUGUUCUUUAGAGAGGAUGGCUCUGGAGAAUAUGGACUAGAGGAGUUGCUAGGAUCAUCGGCCGAGUUAUUGGGAAAGGGGACUUUUGGAACUAGUUACAAGGUUCCAAAAUAUGCUGUGGUUGUCAAGAGAUUGAAAAUUGUUGGCUGUUUAGCUGAGAUGGAAUUCAUAGAAAAAGUUAAAGAGUUGGGAUCUCAAUUUCUUCAUCAAUACUUGCUUCCUCUUAAAGCAUUUUGUUGUCAUCAGAAUGAGAGACUUCUUCUGUAUGAUCAUAUGCAAAUGGGAAGCUUGGCCUUUGUUUUGCACGGGAAUGGAGGUGCACAUAAGACUCCUCUCACUUGGGAAGUAAGGUGUAGAAUUGCCUAUAGAGUUGCCAGUGCUAUCCAAUAUCUCCAUUCACAAUAUGUUUUCCAUGGAAAUGUUCGAUCAUCCAACAUUUUUCUUACCAGUUCUUUCGAUGCAUAUCUCUCCGAGUACGCCAUCGCCCAACUUUUCUCGGACACUAAACCUAUACCAAACCUCGUAAUUGGUUAUUGUGCGCCCGAGGUGACAAAUGCACGCCAAAUUUCUCAAAAGUCCGACGUUUACAGCUUUGGUGUCCUUCUCUUUGAACUCCUUACUGGCAAGGCUCCCACAAAUGCACUGAAUGUCAAGGAAAAGGGUACUGACCUACCCAAUUGGGUGAGAUCGAUGUUUCAAGAGAAGCCCCUCAUUGAUGUGUUUGAUAAUGCAUUACAUGGCUACUAUAACACUUCUGGCAUAGGAGAGAAAAUGGUACAACUGUUACAGCUUUCUUUGUGUUGUACAUUUCAGUAUCCUAAUAAGAGACCUUCAAUGGCUGCUGUCACAAACCAGAUAAGGGAAACUUGUAGUUUUGAACGAUGA